AUGUCUGCGAUUUACGCGUCGGUGCUGCUGGCUUCUCGGCUUAGCACAACUGCGCAAGUUUACGCGUUUAUGUGGCUGGCUCUUAGCGUUUUCAGCCUGCUGCCGUCACUGCUGCACCACUGGCGGCGCGCUAAUUCGCAAACGCAUCGGGUGCUUGUAUGGGGGAUGAAAGCGGUGGCUCUGGCGGUGCUGAUGGCGUGGCAUAAGGGGUUUGCAGUGGUGGUGGUGGUGGCUGCGGCAGCGGUAACCUACGUGUUUCCACUUCUUUUUGUGUACAUGCACAAGGAGAAGCAAUUCAUCAAAGGGCCGUGGGAUGAAGCACAACCAGGGACUAGCAGCAGUUGA